AAAACAAAAGAAGGAAAAAUUAUUAGGAUGGUUUACUUAAUAACCAUCCUAAUAACUGGUUCUUAGGCUUACCUAAGAACCAGUUAUUAGGUUUACUGAUAAACCUAAUAACUAAAACCUAAAAGUCUGAUCAGUUGUAAAAGUGGAGAAAUCCAAAGUUUCAGGGAAAACAUUUUUUAACUCUGCUGCUGCUAACACAUCAUCUGCCGAGUAUGCAGAACGUGUCCACAUGUAGGAUUCAGGCUUUCAGAGAGAAAAAGUGAGACAUUUGUAACCACUGAGACAUGAGAAACAGAUUUUGAGAAAUAAUGAAAUAGUAGUGGGAUCGUCUCACUUAUGACUGCUGCAGAACUUUGCCAAAAGGAUCUUAUUCUUAGUUUUUUUUUAUGCCUAACAGUGGUUUAAAAGUUAAUGUUUUCAAGUGCUUGUAAAUUUAAGAUCAAUUGAUAUAAAACAUUAAGCCCCUGCAAAAAGUAUUCUCUACAAUUUUAAAAUACUUUAAUACAUAUAUACAUUUUAAGACAUACAUACAUUUUGCAUUUAGGAUAAAAAAAAAACCUUAUUUGUCUGUAAAUCUCUUUUACCCAGAAUUCCUCAGGUGGCAGAGCUUUUGCUCGACCUUGGUUCAAAUUCUGCAACAAGAAAAUCUCCUAUUAUGAACCUUUUGCUAUUCAAUCUUUUAUCUGAUAAUUCCAAAUAUAACCACCAGCUUAGCCCUACUCUGUAUUGAUGUUAAGUCCAGCAGAAAGUGCGGGAGCUUUUCACAUGUUGAUGUCAGACAGAUUUUUUUUUUUAGCUGCAGGUGCAUCCUUUGCUACAAAUGAUGACGCAGUCACUAAAGGAAUGCUGUUCAUGCAUUUAUGGCAGUAAAAUGUUCAUUUUCUUAUUUAAAAAAUGAAUUAUUUGUUUAUUUGAAUCUUAUAAAAUAUACUUCUAAAAUUGUAUAAUCCAAUUAAUUGUCAGAAUAAGCAAAUAGUAAAAUAAUGGGUAGUCCCAGCUCCAAUUUUUUUUGACACAAACAUUCAUGAAAAUGUUGAAAUAAAACAAAAAAAAGGAGUUUAUUUUUGAAAAAAAAAAAAAGCAAUAUUGAAAGUUUUUGUCAAGCAGUAACUCCUCCGAUGGGUGUCAACAGCCCCCAUAACAGGCCCCGAAUGCAGCCAGAGUUAUCAGAUCGGUCUGGGCCGCAACAGUAAAGUAAGGUCAGAAUGACUCAGUACCAAACACAGAAGGAGAAGUAGUUGAUGAGAACACCAAACACAGGGAAGAGGAAGUUGAUGUUGACAUUUCUUUUUAGAUUUACUCUUUACUAUGAUAAACCAGAAUAACUAGAAUCAAACCAAUGGAAGUCUUGAAGAAGACUCUCUAAGCAGUCAGUCGGCAAUCCUCCACCAUGGGCGAGGACCAAAGCAGAGAUAAGAGAGAUAAAAUUAUUAAGAUUUACAGAAAUGAAUUCUACACUGCCGUUCUGGAUGAAGAUGUCAGAGGAAUAGAAGACAUGGUAAAGAAGUAUGGGAGCAACAGUCAGAUAGAGAUACAGGACGGUUUAUCAGGAGGAGUGUUCUGGAAGGGCUUUGCCAUCCUUCCCCUCCACCUGGCUGCUACGUACAGAAGAGUCCACAGCCUGCAGAGUUUGCUGUCAGCUGGAGCCGAAGCUCAAGUCAAGGACAAGCUGGGUCGGACGUCGCUACAUUUGGUCAUCAUCAACUGGCCAAUCACCACGACGACCCGGACAAAACCUUCCUCCAAGUUCUGGACCACUGUGGUGAGAGCAAGCAGGCAGGCUGAAGCCUGUUUACGGCUGCUCUGUGAGCACGGAGCUGACGUCAACGCGCAGAUGGAUGAUCAGAGUCAGCAGACGCCUCUCCAUCUGUCAGUGCGUUACAGAGCACUGUCUGCUGUGCGGCUGCUGAUCAGCUGCGGCGCCAACGUGAACGCAGUGGACAGUAGUGGAAUGACACCUCUGCACAUGGCAGCAUCAAUCCUCCAUCAGGACAUAGCAUCUAGUUUAAUCAGCCACGGAGCUCACGUCAACAUGAGGAUGCAUCACUCUGGGAACACUCCUCUGCACCUCGCUGCAGUUGCAGUGAUGACAAAAACAACCAAAGUCCUGGAUGAAGACGUGAGCUGCGUCUGUGAGCUGCUGGAGCACGGAGCGAAGCCAAACAUUGUAAACGAGGCCGGCAUGUCGCCAUUCCACCAAGCGUGCAGCCUGGGGAACGAGCAGCUGGUGGACCUGCUGCUGAGAUACGCAGCUGGUGUCAACAAGCCGAGCGCAGCAGGGGAGAGCUGUCUGUUCCUGUUCCUGAACCACACGCCUAACAUGAGGAACGGCUCCCUGCUGAUCAAACUCCUCACCCUGAGCGCCCCGCUCACAGUCUGCAGCCACGACGGCCGCUUACCCUCCACCUUAACUUAGCCACGCUUCUUUAAACAGAGAGAGCAACUGAUCCAACUAACCCAGCAGCCAAAGACACUUCGGGAUAUUUGCAAAAGUAAUAUUUAUCUGAAACACAUCAGAGGAAGAAAGGAGGAGCUGAGAAAAGUUAUUCCUGAAAGCUUGUACAACUUUGUCUUCAACCAAUGGAAGAUCCAAAACCUUUCGUUUGUGACAGAGAGUGAAGAGGCGGCAGGGCAAUGUGCAUGUACCUGAGCUACAAGAUUUGAACCAUUCAGCUGAGAUGAGAUUUAAUGCCUUGCUAAAGUAUUCCUUCACCUUAAAGAUUUUCACUGCCUGUCACAUUAAAAACACAAACUUCCUUGAAUUUUAUGCUGAGCAGUACAUAACUAAACUGGAGAACAAAUUAUACUUUUUUUUCCUCAAAUAAAAUAUCUAAACACAGAGGUGUGUUUCUAUUGAACCUGUUACUCUAACACAGGGAACUGCAGACUUUACAAACCAAAGAGACACUUUUCCCCUCAGAUAAACAAAAGCUACUUAGAGCCAAAAUAUGUUACAUAACCUUCUCUGAAAGGCAAACUUAAAUGCUUUAAUAAAUAUUAAUCAUAGGAAAUGUGUGGUCGUUCUUAAAGAACCCUGAUUUUGUUUCUGUUUUUUUGGCUUCAAAACAAAAAAAAACACAAAACAUUUACAAAAAAAGACUGAUGCAUUAUUAUUCUACGGGAAGAUAAUGUUGUGGAAAAUUAUGUAAAACAUAAAAAAGACUGUUUCUAAGGUAAUAAUGAAAAAUAAAUAAUAUUACUGAC